CUCUUAAUGACUCUCCUAUCUGUGCUUUCUUCUUCUUGCAAGAGAGUGGAUUUCCUUAGGAUUUUCAUUUUGCAAGGAAACGUUACGAGAGAGAUGAAUAAGCUUUCCCUUUUGAUAUAUGUUCCUCAUUCUUUUCAAUUCCAGUUUGGGAGUGGCAAAAGAGUUUGGGGUUUAGAUUCUUUUGGGGUUUUUUCUUGUAAUUCUUUCUUUUCUUGUUUGAAUCUUGCCCCUAAUGCUUCUCCUUUUGCCCCUUACGCCCUCAUUGGAAAGUUGAAGUUCCCUCCAAGGUUAAGGCCUUUUUGGGGACAACGAUCUUGGAAAAAAUAAAUACCAAUAAUCUUGCUCCUAAAGUGUAGACCUUACAAAGCUCUAUUUCCUGAUGUGUGUGUCCUUUGCUAACAGGGUGGAGAGACUUGCUCUCGCUUGUUCUUUCAUUUUCACUUCACUUGGUCCCUUUGGAACAGAAUGUUUGGAAAUUUUGGAGAGAACUGGAUUUGCCCUCACUCUUGCUCUUUGACUUUUAGGGGGUUUGGGAACGGUAUGGAGAGAAAGGCUUUGUAGCAGUUCUUAGUUAUGGUUUCCUCUUUGGUGUAUUUGGCUAGAGUGAAAUGCCAGAAUUUUUAAUAACUUGGACACCCCUCUUAACUUGCUUUGGAUUAGAGUGGUGUUUUUAGUGUUGCUGUGGGUUUCGGUGAAUGGCUUCUUUCAUUAUCUUCCGCUGGCAGAUGUAGAGCGGGACUGGGUGGCUUUGCUUGAGUAGAGCUGAUAUAUAGCAAUGGAUAUCUUAUGGAGUUGCACAAAAGGGUUAGGCAAGUACGUUAACCUUGAUGAAAAAAUGCAGAAUUUGAAACGGAAGUUGGAAUUAUUGGAAGUUCGUGAGGCUGACAAAAGCAUAGAAGUUCAAAAUUUGGAGUUUCAAACGGGAAGGAAACGAAAGAGGGAAGUUGAAAAUUGGUUGAGAAAUGUACAAAGCAAAAAAGAUGAGGUACGAAGUCUAGAACAAGAAGUCCACGGGAGCAUAUUUCUUUCACGCAUACAUCUUGGGAAUCAAAUUGAGAAAACGACUCAGGAGGUGGAAGAACUUUUAGAACAAGGUAAAUUUGCUGAAGGGUUCACAGUAGAUGUGCACGAACCCUUAGAACUAUUGACAGUGAAAUUAGUGGGCCAAAAAGCAGAAGAGAGCAUGAAAAAAGUCUUGGCGUGCAUAAUGGAUGAUAGGAUAUUCAGCCUUGGCAUCUAUGGAAUGGGGGGUGUUGGGAAAACCACACUUGCAAUGCAUAUCCACAAUGAACUCUUAAAGAAUCCUCGAAGUUAUGAUCAUGUUUAUUGGAUCACUGUUUCUCAACAAUUCAGUAUUUACAAAUUGCAGGGUGACAUUGCCAAAGAACUUGGCCUAGAAAAUCUUCCUUCGGAGGAGAACGAGGGGAAAAGGGCUGCCACUUUGUUCAGAGGAUUGGCAAACAGGAAGAAAACAGUGCUAAUUUUAGAUGAUAUGUGGGAGCAUUUUACCCUGGAAAAAGUUGGGAUACCUAUUGGGCCAGAUGGGCCUAAGUUGAUUCUAACCACUCGAUCAUUAUCAGUGUGUCGCCAGAUGGGUUCCCAAGAAAUAAUCAAAGUGGAGCCUCUUUCAAAUGACGAAGCUUGGGAGUUAUUCAUGGAAAAACUCAAGCCUUAUGACACACUUUCUAUGGAUGUGAAAAUUGCUGCUAUGUCCAUAGCUAGAGAAUGUAGGGGUUUGCCACUUGGGAUUAUCACAAUGGCAAGAAGCAUGCGAGGAGUCAAUGACAUUCGUGAAUGGAGGACUGCUGUGAAGGGAUUGAGAGAAUCAAACUCAGGGAGACCUGAUAUGGAAGAGGAGGUCUUCUCUAUAUUGAGAAUCAGCUAUGGUCGCCUGAAGGAUCCAAAAGUGCAGCAGUGUUUCUUAUAUUGCGCAUUGUAUCCUGAAGACAGUGAAAUGGAAAGAGAGGAAUUGAUAAGGUACUUUAUUGCAGAGGGACUGAUAGACGGAAUGGACAGUAGGCAGGCCGAGUUUGACAAGGGUCACACCAUAUUAAAUGAACUGGAAAACUCUUGCUUGCUAGAAAAUGCAACAAGGAGCUAUUGGAGUGAAAACUCAAUGAAGGUGAAGAUGCAUGAUUUGGUAAGAGACAUGGCGCUACAAAUAGGUGGAGAGAGCAGUAGUACAGCUGGUCCUCGUUUCUUGGUAAAAGCUGGACUUAAGUUGAGAGAAAUACCGGAGGACUGGGCUGAGGAUCUGGAGAGAGUUUCCUUAAUGCGUAAUGAUAUAACAGAAAUUAAGGCAGGGAUAUCACCAAGAUGUCCUAAACUCUUAACCUUGAUGCUACAGGAAAAUCGUUUGAAGAAAAUUCCAGGCUCUUUCUUUUUGCAGAUGUGUGCCCUAAAAGUUCUUGAUUUAUCUAGAAAUAAGGUUCUACAGAGGCUACCAAAUACCAUAUCAGACUUGGAGAAUCUUACUGCAUUAUUGCUCAGAUAUUGUAGGAGGCUAAAAUAUGUGCCUUCACUAGCAAAGCUUCAGGCAUUAAAGGAGUUGGACCUUGGAGAGACUGGUAUAGAAAAAGCACCUGAAGGUAUGGUGAAUUUGGUCAACCUGAAAGUGUUGUAUAUGGAUUGUCUAAAGGAGAAUGUAGUUGUAGGAGAAGAGAUACUGCCUCAAAUGAGGGAUCUGGAAAAAUUUGUUGGCCGAAUCGGGAAUGUGAGAAGACGCGUCCUGAGUUUGCUCUCUGAGAUUGCUCAAAAAAUUAGUAGGCUGAAUGCCUACUGUAUAAUGGUUGGAUCCGGAUUUUUUUAUGAUUUUCCAUCAAUGGAGCGGGGUUCUAAAGCAGUAACGCUUGAGGGGUGUAGUGUGAAUACAGAGAUCCUUGUCCAUUUAUUUCCUAACAUUGACUGCAUAAGUUUUAAUAGGUGUCAUGAUUUAAGGGCACUUCCAUGCGGCACAUUUUCAAGUCUCAAAGUGUUGCAUGUAGUUAGGUGCCCAAAAAUCAAGAAGCUGUUCACACGGGGGUUGUCGCAUCAAUAUCUUCCUAGCCUGGAAACAAUCAAAGUCUUUUGCUGCGAGCAAAUGGAGGAGAUAGUAGCUGGUGAAGAAGAAAGAGAAGUCAAUGGCACAUUUUCAAGUCUCAAAGAGUUGGAAAUAGAGGGGUGCCCAAAAAUCAAGAAGUUGUUCACACGUGGGUUGUCGUCGCAGCAAUAUCUUCCUAGCCUGGAAACAAUCAGAGUCUCGCAUUGCAAGCAAAUGGAGGAGAUAGUAGCUGGUGAAGAAGAAAGAGAAGUCAAUGGCACAUUUUCAAGUCUCAAAGUGUUGCAUAUAAAGAAACUGUUUGUAGCUGGGUGCCCAAAAAUCAAGAAACUGUUUCCUGAUAGGUUGGUUCGGCAUCUCCAAAACCUGGAACGUCUUUGUGUUGUCGUGUGUGACAACAUUGAGGAGAUAGUAGGAGAAGCAGAAGAAAAUGACGACCGGGCAACUGCUGACAAAAUCGGCAUAAAAACAAUCCAUCUUCCAAAAUUGACGGAUUUAGUGUUGUGGGAGCUACCAGAAUUGAAAAGCAUCUGUAGGAGAAAGAUGGUCUGUGAUACUCUGGGCACUGUUCAAAUAGAGGCGUGUCCGAAGCUAAAGAGGCUACCUCUCUACCUUCCCCUGCAUCCCGUGAAUGGACAACCAUCUCCUCCCCCUGCUCUCCGGGGAAUCUUUACUAGAGACAAUGAAUGGUGGGAAUCGUUGGUCUGGGACCAUCCCGCUGCUAAACCUGCCCUGCAACCCUUCCUCAAUAUACGUAAGAGAAAUGCCUGAGAACUACUAAGAGUCUAAGAUGUUGCGCCUCCUGUGCUGGUUACUAUGUGAACAUUCAUUUUUGUUUUGCUUUUUGGACGAGGCAUUUCAUUUCAUCAGAUGUUGGUAUUUUAAUUUUGGCUUGGUUACA